AGCUUGUGAGAUAGUAUGUGGAGGCAGAAGAUUUUUCAACACAACCAAAACUGUGUUUUGAAAUAAUGUGGGGCUGAUAGGAUAAAAAAAGUUGGUCCACAUCAGUGUUCUCGGGUUUUUGCUAGCGUAUAGUGUGUUCCAAAAACGCUAAGUUUUCUUCGUAUUCAUUUUGUUCCAAAGUUAUAAAAAAACACAUUCACCAUGGACGCCAUCAAGAAGAAGAUGCAAGCGAUGAAGCUUGAAAAGGAUAACGCCAUUGACAAGGCCGAUACCUGCGAAAACCAAGCUAAGGAUGCUAAUUCUCGUGUCGAUAAACUCAAUGAGGAAACUCGUGACUUGGAAAAGAAAUUGGUCCAGGUUGAAGUUGAUUUGGUAACAUCUAAGGAUGCCUUGGAAAAGGCCAACCGCGAAUUGGAGGAAAAGGAAAAACUCUUGACCUCAACUGAAUCAGAAGUUGCCACUUUGAAUCGUAAGGUGCAACAAAUUGAAGAGGAUUUGGAAAAAUCUGAAGAACGCUCAACCAGUGCUCAACAAAAAUUGCUGGAAGCUACCCAAGCUGCCGAUGAGAACAACCGUAUGUGCAAAGUAUUGGAGAACCGUUCCCAACAAGAUGAAGAACGUAUGGAUCAAUUGACCAACCAAUUGAAGGAAGCCCGUAUGUUGGCUGAAGAUGCCGAUACCAAAUCCGAUGAAGUCUCCCGCAAGUUGGCCUUUGUUGAAGAUGAACUUGAAGUUGCUGAAGAUCGUGUCCGUUCCGGUGAGUCAAAGAUCAUGGAACUCGAAGAAGAAUUGAAGGUUGUUGGUAACUCCUUGAAAUCUUUGGAAGUAUCCGAAGAGAAGGCUAACCAACGUGUUGAAGAAUUCAAGCGCGAAAUGAAAACAUUGACUGUUAAAUUGAAGGAAGCCGAACAACGUGCCGAACAUGCUGAGAAGCAAGUUAAGAGGCUCCAAAAGGAAGUCGACAGGCUAGAAGACGAAUUGGGCAUCAACAAAGACAGAUACAAGUCUCUUGCCGACGAAAUGGACUCCACAUUCGCCGAAUUGGCUGGUUAUUAAAAAUUUUAAUCCAUUUUUAAGAAAAUUAUCCAAAACUAUUAAACAUAAAUUUAAAAUCAAAAUGUUGUGAAUUACACAAACAAAAACAAUGAAAAAAAACCAAAACAAAAUACACAUACACAAAUCACAACAAUGUUUCCUUUAUUUAUGAUAAUAAUAUCUGUUUUUUAUUUAUUUAAAUAAUAAAAUAAAAAUAUUA